CCCGCUCUGGUCCUGGUCCCGCUCUGGUCCCGGUCUGGUCCUGGUCCUGGUCCUGGUCUGGAGCCUCGGGGGGACAUGUCGGGCCGUUGGUCCCUGAGGACGCUCCUUCUCCUGGGGCUGAGCUGGAGCGGCCAAGCUGUGUCCAGUGACCCCUGGGGCCAGUGUCCCGUCAGCAGGAAGUGUAAGGACAAGUUUGGAGACGGCAACUGUGACAAAGAGUGUAAAGAACCCGAGUGUCUGAGGGACGGAUUCGACUGUGUCCCGGAGCGGCCGGUCUGCAAUCCAGGCCACAUCCAGUACUGCCGAAACCACUACGGAAACUCCCACUGUGACCACGGCUGCGACAGCGCCCCCUGCGGGUGGGACGGGGGAGACUGCAUGUCCCAGCAGACGCCCGUGUGGGCGAAGGGGACGCUCCUGGUGCACACCCGCCUCCCGCUCUCCCAGGGCACGUUCACAAACUCGUCCGUGCUGUGGGCCCUCAGCGUGGUGCUCCAGGCCCCUCUGAAGCUGAGGGGGGCCGCUCCCUUUGGCCCCUCCAGAGACCUGUUCCACUACGGCCCCGGGCAGCUGGAGGAGAUCCUCAAACAGACCACGGACAGCGACGCAAACGGUUCUCUGGUGGCUCUGCAGGUGGAUAACCGUCCGUGCUCGUCGGUUCCGUCCUCCUGUUUUCCGUACAGCACUGAGGCGGCCUCCUUCAUUCGUGCCGCGCUCCAGCUGCAGCCUGCGCUCAGAGGGACCCUCCCCGAGCUGCAGAGCGUCAUCGGCCUCAGGGGCCUCAGGGAGGAGCUGGGGAGCCGCGACCAGGAGGAGCCCGGCGUGGAGGUCAAAGCCCCCAUGGCGUCGUGGAUGUGGGCGGUGGUCGCCGUGGCGCUGGCCGUGCUCUUGCUGCUGUGCGUGGCGGUGCUGGUGGUGAUGAGGAGGGUGAGGCAGCGGGCGCACUCAGGGGCCGCCCACAGCGCCGCCCAAGGGCCCCGCGGCCUCUCCAUGAGCGCCCGCCCCACCAAGACCAAAGCCCCGGUGUGGGGGGGUCCGGGCCCCGUCCAGGACCCCAGAGUCCACUCGACCAGGGACAGGGACAAACUGGGCCUGAGGAAGAAGAAGAAGGCGAAGGAGGCGGAGAAGAGGCGGAGACGUGAGCCGCUGGGGGAGGACGCCAUGCGCAUGAGGCCUCUGAGGCGGGAGCAGGACAUCGGCAGUGACACGGACGUGACUCAGAGCUCCAUGGAGGACAUCAGCCGCUGCUCCAAACGCCACGAGGCCUUCAUCUGCGACCACCGCAGCCCAGGAGACAGGGCCUACAGGGGGGCAGGGGGACAGGGACGCGCCCCCUCACAGGCGCCACCUAGAGGCUGGGACAGAAACGCGAUGCCUCCUCCUCUGCUCAGUCCCCCUCAGCACUCUGCAGAGUGGUGCGGCCCGGACGGAUCGGUGGUGCUGAUCCGAGCGGUCAGGAGCGGCCUGGACCGAGUCGUGCUGGAGCUGCUGAGAGCGGGAGUCCCGGUCAACAACACUGACCACACAGGGAGGUCGGCGCUGCACUGGGCAUGCUCAGUAAACCACCUGUCUUUGGCGAGGACCCUGAUCCGCUACGGAGCCGCUGUGGACCUCCAGGACAACAAGGGUGAAACGGCGCUCUUCUUGUCCGCGCUGCACGGUUGCUACGACACCGCCAGGCUCCUCCUCCUCCACGGCGCCAACCUGGACCUCCGGGACAGACGGGGGCGCCACGCGGUGGACGCGGCUCAGGAGGGGAUGCACCACCAGAUCCUGGAGAUGCUCCUGUCGCACCAGAUGCAGAGGAGGCCGACCGCGGUGCAGGACAGCAGCUGCGACGUGCUGUGGGACGACCGCGCUGUGGCGUAUCCCUCCUGCUCGUGGGGGGGCGCUCAAGGUCUGCCCGGCAGGAGCGCCUCCUUCUCCGGCACCAUCGGAGCUCUGCCCCCCAGUGAUUGGUCGCCCGGCAGAGUGCAGUACCCCUCCCCUCACACCUGGAGGCCCCAGAUCAACCAAUCAACAACAGCCUUAGUCCCUCCCCGGAUCAUGGGCCGCUCCCCUCGACCAAUCAGCACGCUGCAGGAAGUGACAUCAGAGGACGAGGACCGCGAAAGGCCUCAGGACGUCCCCCGGGCCAUAACGCCUCACUUCCUGUCCCCUCAGCCCGCCCCCCGCCAGCGCUCCUUCUCCUGUACCCAGCAUGCCCUGCAGCGACGCCCCAGCGCCCCGCAGCCGGAGCCCAACUACGUCAUCGUGACGCCGCCGGCAGCCAACGAGCACGCGGAGAGAGCCCCGGCCCCGCCCUCGGACACCGGCGUCCAAUCGCACGGCCCCGCUGCACACGCCGAGAACUUACACAGGGCGGAGCCGGCGGCAGCGAGCCCCGCCCACCCCGAGCAGAAGAGCCGGGAGAGGCCCCAGAGCCACGGGGGCCCCACACACGGGGACCCCACACAGACGGCCCUCUGAGCCUCCCGCGGCGAACUGUACGGCCCUGCCAACUCCUGCUCCUGCCAACUCCUGCCCCUGACAACUCCUGCCCCUGCCAACUCCUGCCCCUGACAACUCCUGCUCCUGCCAACUCCUGCUCCUGCCACGUCCCGCUCCUGCCACGCCCUGCCCCUGCCAC